CCUUCUCGGAUGCACACACGCGUCCGCGCGUCGGCCUCUUUGUGACGUCACACACGUUGUCAUCCGCCCUGCUUCCGCCGCGGUUCCGACGAGUCCGCUUUGGAACCGUCGUCGUUUGGAAAUGACAAAUAUGGCCGCGGGACCUCUUUCUGUGUGUUCGGCGGCGUCCCCCAGCAACGAUGGCAUCCUCAUCGGCGACAAGGUGUACUCGGAGGUGUUCCUCACCAUCGACAACUCUCUCAUCCCCGAGGAGAGACUCUCCCCGACGCCGUCGAUGCUGGACGGCCUGGACCUGCAGGCGGAGACCGACCUCCGCAUUCUGGGCUGCGAGCUCAUUCAGUCGGCGGGGAUUCUCCUCCGUCUACCGCAGGUCGCCAUGGCAACUGGACAAGUGCUUUUUCAUCGCUUCUUUUACUCCAAGUCCUUCGUGAAGCAUCAUUUUGAGAUUGUGGCAAUGGCUUGUGUUAACUUGGCCUCCAAGAUUGAAGAAGCCCCGAGGCGAAUACGAGACGUCAUCAACGUCUUCCAUCACUUGAAGCAGAUGAGAGUCAAAAAGACUCCAAGUUCAUUGAUUCUUGAUCAGAACUAUAUUAACACCAAAAACCAAGUCAUCAAAGCUGAGCGACGUAUCCUAAAGGAGUUGGGCUUCUGUGUGCACGUCAAGCAUCCACACAAGAUUAUUGUCAUGUACCUGCAAGUCUUGGAGUGUGAGAAGAACCAGACGCUGGUCCAGACUGCCUGGGUAGACCAUGCUGGUAAGUCACAUAAAGAACCUCUGAACUCUGCCUCCUCCAACUACAUGACCUCAGGAAGCCUCCCGCCCCUCUCCACACAGCCAGUCCCAAUGCUGAGAUUCGUUGAAGGGGGCGGUCGGGCCUUUCCCAACAGCCUACAGCAACUUAUUUUCUCUCGGGUCUCAUCAAGGAUUUGUAUUUUUAGGAUUAUUGUGCCAAGGCUUUUGGAGUCCCCAAUCAUUUGAAUGCAGUUGUAGCUUAUUCCCACUAAGUAUCUUCAGCCAGAACAGAUAAACUUUGUACCAGGUAACCUGCCAUGUUUUCCAGUUAUUAGUAUAGUGUGUCUUGUGUCCAACUGAUGUGGUCUUCAGACAUGUGUGUCUUGCAGGCUGAUCCAGUUCUCAGGUUUUGCCUCCCGGGACCUGUCUCGCCUUGCAGAAGUCAGAAUUCAACAGUGUUGUUUUGUUGUCUUGUUGGCACUGUCUGUUAAUGCUGACCCACUCAUUUACAUGCUGGGUUGUUGGAUGAUGGCAGGUUAGACUGGGAGGAAGCUUAGACAUAGUUUGCCUGGCCAAACAGUCUUUUUACUUGCAGGGGUGGACAAUUGGGUGCUCAUCCUAGCCUACUUUGCCCCUUAUGUCAUUCCUUUUCUGUCAAAAUGGCCUCGUGUUUGACAUGUGACGCUCAUUUAGUUGAUCCACUUUCAAUCCUGAAUCCCUGAUUUUGUUACUCUUCAUUAGAUAUGUGCGCUAUAGCACAACAAUGGCAGCGAUCCUUACACUGCCCGUCUUGUGGCUGUGUGUGCCAUUUAGAGCAACUAGUUAAGGUGACUGUGGCCUUGCAGGGAUCCAUUUCACCUUGCAAAAAUAAACGUGCAUGUCCCCAUUUUGCUUCUUUCCCCCUUCAGAUCUGUUUGUAUGAUCUGAAAGAGGCAACUGCGGUGUAAAUACAUUUCCCACAUGUGCAUGUUCCCCAUGGCAUGUGUCAUCACCUCCUUUUGCCAAAAGCAGGGUAAAGUAAGUGCAGGUCUUAGGAAGGUAGUUUUUGUCUUCAUGCUCUGCAUGAACUGUGACAAUCGGUACUCCCUCGGUCGCCCUGGAGAGAAAUGGACAAAGUUAAACACUGCAUGUACUUCAAUUCGACCUAAACUCAUCGGUAAACUUUGGCACUUAAAAGAUCAGCUGUUAAAGUCAAUAACAAUGUUUCUGUGUAGAAAAGAUGCUAUGUUUUGGUUUGCUCUUCUUUGUCUUUGUAGGAACUACAUGAAUGACAGUCUGAGGACGAACGUGUUUGUCAGGUUCCAAGCAGAGACCAUUGCCUGCGCCUGUAUAUACCUUGCUGCUCGAGCCCUGCA